ACCAAAAGCGUAAUGCAGAUUUUUCAUCUAUAAAAAGAAAAAGUAAAAGGUAACUUUUAGAAUUUAGACCAUCAUUUCACAAGUAAGUUUUCCACCACCAGUACACCACCACAGAGACAGUGAACGUCCGACAGCAUCGUAAACUCCGGCCCACCAUGUCUACCGACUUUCAAUCCAUCCCUCUAAUCGACAUAAGUCCUCUGGUAGCCAAAUGUGAUGAUCCGAAUGUUGCCGAGUACAAUGAUGUUGCACAAGUCGUAAGACAUUUAGACCAGGCUUGUCGAGAAGCUGGAUUCUUUUACGUGAAAGGUCAUGGUAUUCCUGAUUCUCUUAUCAAAAAAGUUCGAGAUAUGACACACAAGUUUUUCGAUCUACCUUACGAGGAAAAAAUCAAAAUCAAAUUAUCGGAUGCAACUGGAUACAGAGGAUACCAGCAGGUUGGUCAAAAUAUAACUAAAGGCGUACCCGAUAUACACGAAGCUAUUGAUUGUUAUAAAGAACUAAACAAAGGGAUGUAUGGAGACUAUGCUGACCCAUUAGUAGGAAGCAACAAGUGGCCAACAGAACCUUUAAAUUUUAAAGAACUGAUGGAGGAGUAUCUUAUUCUUUGCACGGAUCUGUCAAGAAAAAUCAUGCGGGGGAUUGCUCUGGCACUUGGUGGCCCAGUUGAUGUAUUUGAAGGCAAAAUAGCCGGUGAUCCAUUUUGGGUGUUGCGUAUAAUAGGUUACCCAGGUGCUUCAUUAAUAAGCGAUGAUGGCUUGCCAAAGAAUGAUGUUGGAUGUGGGGCUCACACUGAUUACGGUCUAUUGACAUUGGUUAAUCAGGAUGACGGCAUAACUGCCCUUCAGGUGAGGAACCUUUCUGGUGAAUGGAUAUCAGCAGUUCCCAUCCCUGGAACAUUCGUCUGCAAUAUCGGUGAUAUGUUAAAGAUUCUAACAAAUGGUCUUUAUGAAUCGACAUUGCAUCGGGUCAUCAACAACUCUCCUAAGUACAGAGUUUGUGUGGCUUAUUUUUAUGAGACGAAUUUCAAUGCUGCAAUAAGUCCCUUGGAUAUGUGUAUGAAGAAGAGUGGUGGAAACAAGAAGUUUGGAACAGCAAUAUAUGGGGAGCAUCUAGUUGGUAAAGUUGUGAAUAAUUUUGCAUAUUGAUACUGUCAUUGAUGUUAUUGUCUAUUUCUAUUGCUUCUUGUACAUUAGCUCAAGGGUGUAACCACCUCAGGAAUAAAAAGCUUAGUAAUUUUUUAUAAAUGUGAUUUGAGAUUACCAAAAUGUUGCUCAUCAAGUUGUUGGAGUACAGGACAUCAACACACGCAACGUGGGAUACUCCAACCGGCAAUCAAGCCAUUUGUUAAUUUGUAUUUUACUAACAAGUAUCUCAUCUGUAUGGUAGUGGUUUAUUCUUUUAAUAAAGUAA